ACGGUACCUAUUUAAAAAAAUUCCUGUGCUGUUCUAUUGAAGGUCUUUCCUAUUGAUAUUUCAGUAUAAUUGACAUGUUGCACUACGCGCUAGUAAUCUGACUUUCAAAAUAACUAAUUUUUAAUAUGUACCCUGACGCUCUAUUUAAUGUGGAUGCAGAUUUAAUCCGUGGAUUGCGUUUAUAGACCUGAUUUUAAUAGACAACUCAAUUGAUAUAUAAUAUAUUGCUAUAGCCAUGAAGGCUCAGGACUACGAUCAAAUUGUGGAGGCUUUCAAUUGCUACGCAGGAGCAGACGCAACGCAGCACCUCAUUGACUCCUUCCCGCAGUUUGAGCCCGCCGUACUGAGCAGCAUAGUAGCACAGGAGGUGCAGAAGUACGUCAAAUCAAACUACAAGAAGUUCGUCAAUUCUCACAAGUCGGCGUCUUACUUCAAAAAAUACACGAAAGCUGUAGAGCGCGGUGAAGGCCCGGGUAUUCUACUGCAUAUGGCCACGAAAAGCAUUUUCCCCCGGCUCUGCUGGCCAAGAUUGUGCUCGAGCGCUGGCUCCUCAGCCGCGACGAACUGAAUGUUGCUGCCGGCGACGCUGUCCUCCCGCCUCGCAACCAAGCCUCUCCACCCGCUUCGUCUGUCCUCCAAGCCUCUCCUGGAAUACCAUCUCCUCCUAGCGGCAGCGCCGAAGUUGCCUCUUCAGAUUCUGUGGCCAAAGAAGAAAAUGGAUGUAGCCAGCAAGACUCCUUGUCGAACUUCAGUAGCAGCCCCGUCAAUAUUCCUGACACAUCAGCGAAGUUAGAUAGUAGGAGACAUUCACUGAACAAUCUGAGCAGUCCGGGAAUUGAUCUAUCAGCCGUUUUUACCAAACCGGAAAAAGGUGUAUAUUUAUUUGAUGGGACAGAUAAAAUUUGUAACAUCGAUAUUACUGUUCCGUCUUCAAAUUGUGAAUCCAUCCACACAGACAAUAAACUGUCAGUGAACGAGUCACUGACGUUAAGUCCCAGUAACGAGGUGAUGGGCACCCCUGACGUUCAGUUAAUGUUAGGGCACACUUCUGACACCGCAGAGAAGCAAGCUGGUCCCAGCAUCGGAAGCGUCGCACCUUCAGAGGCAGGAGACAUGCGUGAAAUGCAGUUCACUAACGACCUCACCGUACCGCUCUCUCGGAAUUCCAGUUUAGCGAAGGACUCGAGGGAAGCUCAAGCAAAUAAUUCAGUGAUGAAGACAACUACACGAACCUGCGCAGCGUCAGGCAAGAGCGGCGCGGGCCUUCCUCUCAGCGAAAAGAAGAAAAACACCAGCAGCAAGAGUCUCAUCAACAAGAUGCUGCGAGACACCUCCCUCAUUCCUGACAAGAUCCUCAGCUUUGAAGUGCAUUUAAGUGUCGUGACACUGAGUGAUGUGUUGGUAUACACGGCACACAGUUCCAUCGGGCACGAGUACGAGGAGCUGCUGAAGCGCAAGCUGCGGGAGCGCGGCGUGGGCUACCAGACGGAGGAGGAGCUACGCGCGCUGGGCUGCGACAAGACGCCCGACACACGCCUCGACGUUCCCAUCGGUGUGGGAGGCCGAGUGGUGAACUGGAUCGAGAGUAAAGCCUCGUUUGGUGACCGUGAGAACCAUAGAUCGUAUCUCAACGACCAGCUCUGGAGCUACUGGAACAGGUUCGGUCCUGGUCUCGUCAUUUACUGGUUUGGUUACAUCGACGAACUCAAUUACUUGGAGGACAAAGGUAUCCUCGUCAGGGAUUGCUUCCCUGACGACAUCGUCACUAUGGACCCGCUGGCCGUCAAGACCUCAGGACUAAAGCAUCUCUAAACUGGCUGUCAGUCUACUUUAUUACGAGCAAUUUUUUGAUGAAUAAAUACUUAACAAUUUUC